GAUACUUAACCUGAAGAUUGAUUUCUAUUUGAAUCAUGAGAUUUUGAGUUGCGACUCGGUUUGUGUAUUCCGCGAGCAGUGCAGAAAAAUGGGGAGCAAAUGCAAGAUGAAUGGCAUUGCUAACCUUCUGCAAACUUGCAUAGACAACAAAUCUCUUCUUCUAGGCAAAGUCCUCCACGCUAAUGUUCUCCGUAACAACCUUUUAGCCAACACUUUCCUAUGCAAUCGUCUCAUCGAACUCUACUCCAAAUGCAAUGACUCGUCCUCUGUUGACAGCACCUUCCACCAUACCCCUCGCAAGGACAUUUAUUCAUGGAAUGCCAUUUUGAGCUUCCAUUGCAAAGCUGGAAACUUAAAUUUUGCACGCAAGGUGUUCGAACAAAUGCCUGAAAGAAACGCUGUCUCCUGGAACAACUUGAUUAGUUUAAUGUUAAAAAAUGGGUACCAUUACAAAGCGUUGGAUGUUUAUAAGCUUAUGGUUACGGAAGGUUUUUUGCCUACCCAUAUUACCUUUGCUAGCGUUUUAAGUGCUUGUGGAAGCGUUUCGGAUUUGCAGCUUGGGAAGAUAUGCCACGGUCUUGUUAUUAAGAUCGGUCUUGAUAAGAAUAUAUUUGUCUGUAACGGAUUAUUGUCUGUUUAUGCUAAAUGUGGGGUUAUGAGAGAUGCUGUUCAAAUAUUUUCGGAUAUCGAUGAACCUAAUGAAGUUACUUUUACUUCAAUGAUGGGUGGGUUAGGAAGUAUUGACGGGGUCUUUGAGGCUUUGGAGAUGUUUAGAAUGAUGUGUCGAAAAGGUGUUCGGAUUGAUUCUGUUUCCUUGUCUGCUGUUUUGACUGUUUGUGCAAAGGGGGGAGAGUAUGGUGAAUCUGGUUGCUAUGAAGAUAGUGAUAGAUUAUCAUGUAAUGUUGUACUUGGGGAACAAGUACAUGGUCUUGCAAUUAAGCUUGGAUUUGAAAAUGAUCUUUAUUUUAGUAAUUCGUUGCUUGAUAUGUAUGCUAAGAAUGGGAUUAUGAACAAUGCUGAGAUAGUUUUUCAUAAUUUGGGAAAAGUCAGUGUUGUUUCCUGGAAUAUUAUGAUUGCUGGAUAUGGCCAGAAAGGAAAUGGUGGGAAAGCUAUAGAGUGUUUUGAAAGGUUGCAGUUUUGUGGUUUUGAACCUGGUGAGGUUACUUAUAUUAAUAUGCUUGCAGCAUGCGUAAAGUGUGGAGAUGUUGAAACUGCACGUCAGAUGUUUGAUAACAUGUCGUGUCCGAGUGUUAUUUCAUGGAAUGCUAUAAUCUCUGGCUAUUCCCAGAAUAAGAAUCACAAAGAAGCAAUAGAUCUUUUCAGGGAAAUGCAGUUUCAAAGUGUAAAACCUGAUCGGACUACUGUGACCGUCAUCCUUGGCUCAUGUGCUGGGAUGGACUUUCUGGAGGGUGGAAAACAGGUCCAUGCUGCGCUGCAAAAGGCAGCUCUUCAUACCGACAGUUAUGUUGCUAGUGGACUGAUUGGCAUGUACUCAAAGUGUGGGAAGACAGAAAUGGCAGGGCACAUAUUUUCUUCUCUGCUGGAGCUAGAUAUUGUCUGUUGGAAUUCUAUGAUUGCAGGUCUUACUCUUAAUUCUCUAAACAAAGAAGCUUUCAUGCUCUUUAAGCAAAUACUACGUGGUAGAAUGUCGCCUACCGAGUUCUCUUAUGCAACAGUAUUGAGCUGUUGUACAAAACUAUCUUCUUUAUUUCAAGGCAGACAGAUCCACUCUCAGGUAGUGAAAGACGGCUACGAGAGUGAUGUGUUUGUGGGCACUGCUCUUGUUGAUAUGUAUUGUAAAUGUGGUGACAUAGAUGAGGCACGGAGGCAUUUCGAUAUGAUGCCUGUAAGAAAUGUUGUUACAUGGAAUGAGAUGAUACACGGAUAUGCUCAGAAUGGACGUGGAGAUGGGGCUGUUCGUCUAUAUGAAGACAUUAUUGCAUCAGGUGUAAAACCUGAUCCCAUAACAUUUAUUUCUGUUCUGACUGCAUGUAGUCACUCAGGAUUAGUAGAUCAGGGUUUCAGAAUUUUCAACUCAAUGCAGAGUGAGCAUGGGGUUGACCCAGAAUUAGAUCAUUAUACUUGCAUCAUCGAUUGUCUUGGUCGAGCCGGUCAUUUUCAUGACGUGGAGCUCCUUAUGGAGCAGAUGCCACAUAAAGAUGAUCCAGUUGUAUGGGAAGUUGUACUUAGUUGUUGUAGAGUCCAUGGAAUUGUCAGCUUAGCUCAACGAGCAGCACAGGAACUCUUCCGGCUUGACCCUGAAAACCCCACACCGUACGUGCUUCUAGCCAAUAUCUAUUCUUCUUUAGGAAGAUGGGAUGAUGUAAGGGCCAUCAGAGAGCUGAUGAGCGACAAACAGAUUGUUAAGGAUCCUGGCUAUAGUUGGACUGAACAGAAAGAGCAGGAUACAAGUUUAUUUGUUGGGUGAUAGACAAACUUCAUUGGCUCUCAGAAA